AUGAAUUUUUUAACUUUAUCAUCAGAGACAAGUGAACCAUUUAUUAUACCAAAUGUAUCACCAGUAUCUUCACCAAAAUUAAAUGCAAAGUUAAAUGACUCUACAAAACAACCAAUAAUGGGAACUCAAAAAUUAACACCUUUAGUUACUAUAGAAGAUGAUAAUGAAGAAGAUUCAAAGUUAAUAUCAACUAGAAAAUUAUCAGAUUUUGAAUUAAAUUAA